CUGCCAGGAAGCUCACAGACACUGACAAUCUUCAUCAGCAGUAUAGCUCUCUCUCACUGUCUUUCACUAUAAGCUUCACAGUAGAACGCUGAUCUCUGCAGGACAGGACACAAUGCCCACAUUUGAUGAAUUGUUAGUGAGCAUAGGAGAUUUUGGGCCAUAUCAGAAAAGGAUUUCCCUUUUAGGGUGCCUUCCAGUGACUCUCUUUGCUUUUGUACUUGUUGGGAUUGUUUUCUAUGGAUACACUCCAGAACACUGGUGUCAGAAUCCUGAAGUGCAAGAACUGAAAGAAAAGUGUGGUUGGUCCUAUGAGGAUCUGAAAAACUACACAGUCCCACGAACUGACAAGGGGACCUUCAGACAGUGUGAGAGGUUCAAUGUGGACUGGAACAGCACUGAUCUCACCUGCCAAAGACCUCUCGCACUGUCCUCUGCUAACUACUCACAGCAAAUUCUCAUCACUACAUGCGACAGGGACUGGGAGUUUGACAGAUCAUAUACUACAGUUGUGACUGAGUUCUCAUUGGUGUGUGCAGAUUCUUGGAAAGCUGAUCUGAACCAAGCUUUUCUAACAGGGGGAUUUUUCCUUGGAGCUUUGGUCACAGGCUAUAUCGCAGAUAGAUUUGGGCGAAAACUGUGUUUUCUUAUCUCCAUGUUUGGGUUAGGUGUCUCUGGAGUGAGCAUUGCAUUUUCCUCAAACUAUGCAAUGCUAUUGGUAUUACGCGUGUUCCAGGGUUUUUUUGCAAAGGGAGCAUGGACGGCUUCAUAUGUGCUUGUGAUAGAAUUUUUUGGAUCAAAUAACCGGAAAUUUGUAUCUGUUGUAUCUCGGAGUUUGUACUCAACAGGGAUGGCCAUUCUUCCUGGAGUAUCCUAUUUUACUCAGUCAUGGAAGACUCUUCAGCUCACCAUGACAGUUCCAAUUUUUCUCUUUUUAUUCUAUUACUGGUUAAUUCCUGAAUCUCCUCGUUGGCUGUUAUCACAAAAAAAAACUAAAGAAGCCAUGAAAAUUGCAAAAGACAUUGCAAAGUACAAUGGAAAAUCACUUCAUGAAAAGCACACUGAGAUACAGAUUUUGGAGGAGAAACCUGAACAAGUCAAUAAACCUUCAGUUAUGGAUUUAUUCAGGACCCCACAAAUGAGAAAACAAACAUUCAUUUUAAUAUAUGCCUGGUUUACUAGUGCUGUGGUUUUCCAAGGUCUAGUCAUGCGUAUUGGAAUCACAGGAGGCAACAGGUUUCUUGAUUUUUUUAUCUCAGCAAUUGUGGAGCUGCCUACUGGUUUAAUAUUUUAUCUGGCUGUAGACCGAAUUGGUCGGCGUCCUCUGCUUGCAAUUUCUAACUUUUUUGGAGGAGCUGCAUGCUUAACAGUCACCUUUAUUCCAAACGAUUUUAACUGGGCCAAAAGAACAAUUGUAAUAAUUGGGAGACUUGCAAUAGCAAUAGGAUAUGAGACAGUAAACUUUGCAAACACUGAACUGUAUCCCACGCCACUAAGAAACCUUGGAGCCUCAAUAUGCUCCUCGUCCAGUGAUGUGGGAGGAGUUGUUGCACCUUUCUUGCUCUUUAGAUUAGCAAGCAUAUGGCUAGAGCUUCCUCUCUUGUUGUAUGGAGUCAUGUGUUUGAUCUAUAGUGUUGUGGUUAUGCUUUUACCUGAAACAAAAGGCAUUGAUCUACCAGAAACUAUUGAGGAAGUUGAGGCUCUCGGAAGGGGCAGCAGAUGUCGCUUCAUUACAAAGAACAAAAAGCCACAAAAUUCAGUUAUCUAACUAGGAAUGGACACUCUCAGUAAAGUUAGAGGUCAAUGAGUAGCAUGAAUUAUGAUCAUUGUGGAAAGAAUGGGGGUGAUACAUCAGAAGACUGGAAUGAAGAUAGAGCUUCUUAUUUUUUUAUGUCUGAUAUUGUUUCCCUUAUAGAUAUACAUUUUUCCAGUAUUAAGAUCGGUUAAUCCCUUUGUUAUACUAUAUUCUCUUAGACCAUUAAAAUGAGUUUCUACUAUAAUAAACAGAAAUAUUAUAAUGGUUUACACAUUUUUCAAUUUGCUUAGUCUCCUAAGUCAUUUGAGAAGUCAUCUUGAGAAGAAGAUGAAGAGAUGAACAGACAUCAAUAGAAUUUUAGAGACACACUAUUUAUGGUAUGCUACACACAAUUUAUAGAAUUGCACCUAAGCGUGUAUACAGCAUAUCUAAAAUUCACAUCAGUUGAUUAGUUGAGUGCAGUACUUGCACAAACAGGAAGAUUAAACAAUGUCCUGAAAACAUGUCACAAAAAAGAUUAAACAGUAAAGGCUACGUCUUAGUGAAUUUGUCAAUUAUUUGUGUUUCUGCCCUGUCUAUUGGGUUUAUAGUAUAAGCAUUGAGCUUAUCUUCAUUAACAGAAUAGAAGUAGGUAGUAAGGUGAUUAAUGUAGUAAAUUAAGACGAAACAUUUUAAUUUAUCUUGGCAUUGGUUUUAGGCAUUAUACAUCUUUAUGACCCUCACUAAACUGCUGAAUGAAUGAAGUCAUGCUGAUGCUCAACCCAUCAUGAGACAUUGUAGCCCUGAAAUGAUCUGGCAACACUUGUGUUGGGGAUGUGAUCAUGUUCUCGCAGACCCACCUUUCUCACUUUAUCAAUUUAACAGGAUGCCUGCAGCAUUUUAAAGUAUAGUACAGUACAUUUGUAAGGUAUUAUUAGAAGUUUUUGCUAUUUUAAAAUUUUUAAACUACUACUAGUGAA